CCGCGCCAUGUGCAGGCACUGAUUUCCCAUUGUAGACUACGACCUGCUUGGCAUCGCCCGAGACUCUAUCAUGGGAAAAGAGGAAACUCCUAGCCCGUCUCCAGAGGGCGUGGUGAGAAGCGACUCGACCAGCAAUGACAUACCCGGCGAGAAGAGCGCCAGCCUCACUGGCCAGGAUGUCGAAGUAGGAAACAGCCACCUUGUCGAUCUCGAAGUCGACUUCGACCAUAUUUUUGCCAAGGGCGAGGAAGAAGGCGACUAUGCCGCUGAUACGAGUCCGUUUCCAGCUGUGCGAGCUGUCGUGCCGGAGACGGAUGACAAGGACAUCCCAGUAAACACUCUGCGUGCCUGGCUCCUAGGAAUUGUGUUUGUAUUCCUUGGCGCGGGGGUCAACCAGUUCUUCUCCCUUCGCUACCCCGGUGUUCGCAUUGUAUCCCUAGUCGCCGAACUGAUCGCUUUCCCGCUUGGCGUUAUCUUGGCAAAGGUCCUUCCAAUCAGCCGCUUCAAUCCCGAUCGCCAUUUCAACAUCAAGGAGCAUGCCCUCGUCACCAUCAUGGCAAACGUGUCAUUCGGAUUCGGAUCGGCCGAUGCAACAAACAUCAUCCAGGCCGCCAAACUCUACGGGUUCAAGCUUCCCGCUGGACUUUCUGUCCUGGCCGUGCUUUGCUGCCAGCUGAGCGGAUAUGCCGUUGCUGGUCUGGCUAGUCGAUGGCUUGUUCAGCCCGCGAGCAUGAUCUGGCCUGGAGUGUUGAGCAACGUGGCGCUCCUGAGCUCUCUUCAUUCAAGAGCAAAUGCCGUUGCUGAUGGGUGGAAAAUUACCCGGAUCAAGUUCUUCAUGGUGGUGGGUGGUUGCGCGUUCGUUUGGUAUUGGUUCCCAGGCCUGAUGUUCACGGGCUUGAGCUUCUUUUCGUGGAUUUGCUGGAUUGCACCCAAGAACCUGGCCGUUAACCAAGUUUUUGGUAUGGUUACCGGACUGGGUCUCUUCCCUUUGACAUUCGAUUGGUCCAUGGUCGCCUACAACAGCAACCCGCUCCUGAGUCCACAUUGGGCGGCCGUCAACGUCUUUGCUGGCUUCGCUCUCUUCUUUUGGAUCGUUGUGCCGGGGAUUUACUACACCAAUAUUUGGUUUACGUCUUACCUACCGCUAUGCACAGCGGAUGUAUACGAUCGUUAUGGCGAGUUGUAUAAUGUUUCGAAUGUCUUGACUGGAGAGCGGUUCGACCAGGAGAAGUACUCUGAAUACUCGCCUCCUUAUCUUCCAGCAACCUUUGCAUUCGUCUACGGGCUAUCCUUUGCGUCAAUUACUAGUGUUCUGUCACAUGUCUACUUCUUCCACUGGGAUGAACUGAAGCAUGCUUUUCGAGGUUCCCUCAAACUUGACAUUCACGCCCGUCUCAUGUCAACGUACAACAAAGUCCCUUGGUGGUGGUGGGCCACUAUCCUCACGGGUGUUCUUGCAAUGAGCUUCGGCAUGGCCGAGGGCUAUGACACAGGACUCCCGUGGUAUGGAGUGCUCCUCGCCUUUGUGAUCCCAGCACUGUACAUGGUACCCUGUGGAAUGAUUCAAGGUGUAACGAAUGUGGAUGCUAAUCAGUUGAACGUACUCUCGGAGUUCAUUGGUGGGUAUAUGUUCCAGGGCCGACCAAUCGCCAACAUCCUCUUCAAGAUUCUCUCAACGGAUGUAGUCGGUCAAGGGCUAUACUUUUCUUCCGAUAUGAAACUGGGACAUUAUCUGAAAAUCCCCCCACAGACCUUGUUCUUUGCUCAAGGACUUGCGACAAUUCUUGGUGCCUUGACUCAGGUCGGUGUUACGCAGUGGAUGCUUGGCAACGUGAAAGAUAUCUGUACGGAGGACCAGGCCAAUGGCUUCUCCUGUCCAAACGGACGAACAGUAUUCUCUUCAUCAGUUAUCUGGGGCCUUGUUGGCCCCGCUCGCCUCUACUCUGUUGGGGCGAUCUACAGCGGCUUGCUGCAUUUCUUCUGGAUCGGGUUGAUCUUGCCGCCCAUGACAUAUUUCAUUUGGAAGAAGACCGGCAAUAACUUCAUCAAAAAGAUAAACUGGCCGCUCAUCUUUGUGGGAACUUACAAUGUCCCACCAGCCACGGGAAUCAACUACAGCAGUUGGUACAUCGUCAACCUGAUCUUCAACAAGAUUAUUUACAGGAAAUUCUACGCCUGGUGGACAAAGUACAACUACGUGCUCGCCGCAGCUCUUGAUACCGGGUUGGCUAUCAGUGGGAUUGUCAUCUUCUUCGCGGUGACCUAUGGACCAAACGUCCAAUUCCCAGACUGGUGGGGAAACACAGUGUGGCAGAACACUGCCGAUGGGCUGGGACUACCUUGGUUGCAGAUGCCAGACGUUGGGUAUUUUGGCCCAGCUAAUGGAACGUGGUCUUGAGAUUGAGGGCUCAUGAUAGUAGAGCGAUGAUUAGGAAAAAUUGAGCAUCUCACAAAUUCUCUAUCUCAGACAGCAAUGUUAGGUUCCCAUCCAUGAAGACACGUCAAUUGGAAUCCGUGAGUGAAUGUGCCUUCCAAGCGAGCAUGGUCUGUAUAACCCG